AUGUUACGGCGAACGGGUGACUACACCAACGGUGGGCGCACGGACGUCCAACAGCUGUCACUGGUCGUCCGGGAGCAGUCGGUCAUCGAAGGAGCCACCGAGAUACUGAAGGUUAUCAGACCGGACUGGUGUCGCGACAGCGUGCGCUUUAAGCUCUUCACCGAUGGUAUCACCAACAAGUUGGUCGGAUGUUUCAAACAACCAAAGGAAAGCGAUGAUAGCAACGGUACACCCGAACCAGAGGAUGUCGUGCUGAUCCGGGUGUAUGGUAAUAAGACGGAUCUGCUAAUCGACCGAUCGAAGGAGAAGGAAAACAUUCAACUAUUGCAUCGUUAUGGUUACGCACCAGCCCUAUACGCCACCUUUGCCAAUGGGCUCGCGUACGAGUAUGUACCGGGUGUGACGCUAACACCGGACACAUGUCAGGCCGAUGCCGUUUGGCCACUCGUUGCCCGCCGGAUGGCCCAAAUGCACAAGGUCCAACCGGAUGACCGAUCCACCGCAAACGUACCCGCCCUCCCGUCCAAGAUCGACCAGUUCCUACGGCUCGUCCCAAAGCGCUUCACUGACCCGGUGAAAGACGAACGCGUGUGGAAGGUAUUUCCCAGUGUUUCGGAACUGUGCGUUGAGUUUAAUGUGCUGUACGCACGAUUACUCGAAACGGACAGCCCGGUCGUCUUUUGCCACAACGAUCUACUGCUCGGGAACGUGAUCUACGACGAGGUGCGUUCGCGCGUCACCUUCAUCGACUACGAGUAUGCGGCUCCGAACCAUCAAGCGUUUGACAUUGGCAAUCACUUUACCGAGUUUGCCGGCAUCGAUGACAUCGACUAUGGGCGUUACCCAACCCAAGACUUUCAACGGCGCUGGUUGCGCGUCUACCUCCGGGAGUAUCUCGGUGAAUCGAUGCCAGUAACAGACAGCGACGUACAGCGGCUAUACGUGCAGGUGAACCAGUACGCACUCGCAUCACACUUCUUCUGGGCAAUAUGGGCCCUCAUACAGGCGGAACACUCAACCAUCGAUUUCGACUUCAUUCAGUUCGGUGCUACGCGAUUCCUCGAGUAUCGCCGACGGAAAGAGGAGUUCUUAGCGCUUCGUUGCAACAACUAA